CCCAAUAUGAGUUUGUUAGAGCGCAAGACUGAAUAGCGGAAGUUUCUCUCUUUCUUUCCAAUCUCGUUCUAACCAAACACUUCCCUCUAGCAAGCAUUCCACCCAGUGAUCAAAGAGGAGAGAGAGAACUCAAAGAGUAAGAUGCUGAGUGCGUCCACUCCGACUCAGAUGCCCCCCAGCAGAGAGGACAUUUCUGGUUCUGACAGGGGGUCAGAGGUCAGUGUUCCAACUCCAGCCACAGAGACAGACCGCUUCGGCUUCAUCCUGGUGAAUGGAUCCACUGCCGGGAGUGAAGGCCCUGCUCCUGAGCUCGUUAGACAGAGAGAGACUAAGUGGAUCAACAUCAUCAGCCAAUGGGAUCGUGUCUUACUAAAGAAGUCCAGCAAGGUCAAAGAGCAGUGUCAGAAAGGCAUCCCAGCAUCCCUCAGGGCUAAAUGUUGGCCACUGCUGUGUGGCGCCACAGACAGAAUGCACCGCAACAAGGACCUCUACCAGACUCUGGACUCCAGGCCUGCCCUACAGAGCUGUGUGGACGUUAUCGAGAGAGACUUAGACCGCCAGUUCCCCUUCCAUGAGAUGUUCCUCUCCAGAGAUGGCCAUGGGCAGCGUGGUCUGUUCCGCGUGCUGAAGGCCUUUACUCAGCUGAAGCCUGACGAGGGAUACUGUCAGGCCCAGGGACCUGUAGCAGCUGUACUGCUGAUGAACAUGCCUACUGAGGAGGCAUUCUGGUGCCUGGUACAGAUUAGUGAACAGUACCUCCCUGACUACUACAGCCCCCUUCUGGAGGGGGUUCUCUUUGACGCGGCCAUGCUGACCUGGGUGCUGAAGAAGACGUGUCCCGCAACCCACAAGCAUCUGCAGAGACACGGCGUGGAGCCUCUGAUGUUCGCCACCGAUUGGCUGAUGUGCCUGUUCACACGCCACCUGCCAUUCAACACCCUCCUCCGAGUCUGGGACCUGUUCUUCUGCUACGGAGUGCGUGUGUUGUUCCAGGUGGCGGUUGUGUUGGUGCGCAGGGCUCUGGGCCGGGUGGAGCAGAGGGAGGAGUGCGACGGCCAGAUGGAGACUCUGGAGAGGCUGAGGGGUGUGAGGGAGCAGGUGCAGCAGGAGGACAAUACCUUCAUCGGAGAGGUGUGUUCUGUCCCUCUUUCGGGUAAGGAUCUGGAGAGGCAGACAGAGAAAGAGCUGGAGAAGUGGAGGAAGGAACGGCCUGCCUCCACUUUUGAUCCCCGGGGUCGUUGCCACGGAUAUCGGAUGGCGUGGGUGAGGGCUCGAGAGAGGGAGGAGGAGAGGAACAGGAAGGAGAGGGCAAAAGGAAACCUGUCCAUUCCACCGAUUCGCUCGCCCUCCCUCCUCUCUCUCUCUCCCUCACUCCUCCGCAAGAGGUGGAAGAGAGGGAGCAAAACAGACACAGGGGAGUGGGAGGGGGGAGGCAGAGAGGUGAGGAAGGUUUCAGAGGAGGUGUGGGAGGAGAGAAGCGAGGGAGGGGAUCUGAGGAGAGGAAGUGAGAAGGAUGGUAGUACAAUGAGGGCUCAGGGUGUUCCACCUCCUGCUACAGAGGACAGGGAACCAGUGGAACUGAGAGAACCGUUAGAACACAAAGAACCAUCAGAACAGGACAGAACCCAAAAAACCCAGAUGACCCCAGAUUCAGCCGGAGUAGCGUCCCAGCAGCGUGAGCUCACCUCUGACCCUCGCGUCACCUCACAGGGCCAGGAGGAGGAGCAGGGUGGUUUCAGCGAGACACAGGCCUCUGAGCAGCACAGCGACAACCAGUCACAGGAAACUAACCACAGUAAAGGCUCCAUGGAAACACAGGAAGUACUGAGCAAACAGUCAACAGAGAGUGCACGUGUAGUCACAGAGCACAUAGUGACAGAGACAAAGGGUGAGGCAGAGGAACGCAAGGAGACAGAGACACAUGCAGAAGCCAAGACAGAGGAGGAAACAGUGACAGAGAUCCAGAUUCACACAGAAGCCAAGACAGAGGAGGAAACAGUGACAGAGAUCCAGAUUCACACAGAAGCCAAGACAGAGGAGGAAACAGUGACAGAAAUCCAGAUUCACACAGAAGCCAAGACAGAGGAGGAAACAGUGCCAGAGAUCCAGAUUCACACAGAAGCCAAGACAGAGGAGGAAACAGUAACAGAGAUCCAGAUUCACACAGAAGCCAAGACAGAGGAGGAAAUGGAGGCUGAGGUACAGAAAGGACAACACACAGAUAAAAGUGUAGGAACAGAGACAGAUAUGGGGUCAAAAACAGAGACCCAAACAGAUGUUAAUGCAGACACUGAGACAGACACGCAACAAGAGGCAGAUACAAACUUAGAGGCAGAAACAGACAUUGGGUCACUGAGAGAGAGAGACAAAGAGACGAACACAGAGACUGAUACCAACAAGGAGAUGGAGGCACGUACAGAGACACAGUCACACAAAGGGGCAGUAAUGGAGACACACACGGACAAAAAAUCUGAGGCAGAGAGACAAACAGAGGUAGAGGCACAUACAGAAACAGAGACACAGGGAGAAAAUGAGUCAGCGAUACACAUAGAGGCAGACAUAAGAGUAGAGGUAGACUUGGGGUCACAGAUGGAGACAGAGAAAGAGACAGAGAAAGAGUCAGAGAUAGAGGUUGGGACAGAGACAGGGACAGAGGAAACUACUGACACAGGGAUAGAGGAAGCCACUGACACAGGGACAGAGGAAGCCACUGACACAGGGAUAGAGGAAGCCACUGACACAGGGACAGAGGAAACUACUGACACAGGGAAAGAGGAAGCCACUGACACAGGGACAGAGGAAACUACUGACACCGGGAUAGAGGAAACCACUGACACCGGGAUAGAGGAAACCACUGACACAGGGACAGAGGAAACCACUGACACCGGGAUAGAGGAAACCACUGGCACAAACAUAGGGACAGAGGAAACCACUGACACAAACACAGGGACAGAGGAAACCACUGACACAAACACAGGGACAGAGGAAACCACUGACACCGGGAUAGAGGAAACCACUGACACAAACACAGGGACAGAGGAAACCACUGGCACAAACACAGGGACAGAGGAAGCCACUGACACAAGCACAGAGACAGAGGAAGCCACUGACACAAACACAGGGACAGAGGAAGCCACUGACACAAGCACAGCAAUAGAGGCGGUCAUAGCGUCCCCAAAUGAAAUUCGGACACACACAGAGACAGCAUCAAAGAUAGAGGUACAAUACACAGAGCCAUCUAGGAUAACACCAGCCAAUCAGAGCCAGGUUUCUCCAGAGUUGACCUCAGGCCAACACCAAACAGGCCAAGACCAAACAGUCCAAGACCAGAAGAUUCCUGAAGAACCCCAGGGUCCAGUCUCCAUCCAUCCAGAGGAGAAUCAGGAGACCCAGAACGUCAGAGAGAGUGAAGGAGAGGAAGCAUUAACAUUUCCCUCUCAGGAAGCCUCAACUGACAUCCUUCCACCAUCACAUCAGGGGGAAUCACUGAAAGCUGACCUCCCUCUCAUACCUGGCAACCCAAAGUCCCAAAGUAAGAGUGAAAAGAGCGAGUCUCCACCUCCUGCAGACUCAAAGGCUGGAUCUGGCAACCCAGUAUCCACACACGCGGACGUCUCCUCCCAAAGGACUCAGGCCCGUGAUGGACCUUUGGCAACCACUUCCGGAGACUUCCGGCACUGCAAGUCCUCCAGCUCACGGAAGCUCACUCGGAGGCUCUCUGAGGAUCUCUUCACCGACCCCAACCAAUCACAACCCACUUUCACACACUCUAACCAAUCAAAUGCAGGCCUCAUUCAGUUCGACCAACCACAACCUAACACCACAGCUCCAAUUCAGGUACCAAAACACCCAGAAUCACCACGACAUGUCACAGGGAGCAUCCCAGGCACUGUCCCACCUCAGACUGUGUCCAAACCAGGCAGAGGACCAACCGACACCCCCAGGCGAUUUGGUCUCUUCCGCAGGCUCAAAGGGGAGCAGCCCAAACAGGGCAGGGAGAAAGGGGAACCUAAAGUCCCUGUCCCCAAAAUCCUGAUCCAGGACUUUAGUGACGGGACAGGUGAGGGGCGCACGGUCAGGGGGGAGGAAGAGGAGGAGCUGAGCUCCAGAGAGAGGAGGAGGAGACGGAGGGAACAGGAGAGGAGGGAGAAAGAGGAGGAGAAGUUACGGAAGAAGAGGGAGAAGGAGAUGGAAAAAGAGGAGAAAGAGAGAAAGAGGGAGAGGAGGAAGCCUCAGACGAGAGGGAAGAGUUUUCAGGUGCAACACAGCAAUGUCCCCCUCCCCGGAAACAGCGGCUCACAGACAUUUGGUUCCAAAAGAAACUCUACUCCGUCUAUGGAGACAUACUUUUAACAAGCUAGGAAAGAAAUCGACAUCUAAAAAUAUUUUACAAACCACAAAAAUUACCCAUAAAACAUUUCCUUCAAUUGUAGACUUUUCUGGAAUGUAAAUAAAGCAAUUAUUUUGUCUAA